CCAAAUAUUUCCCCCCAGCCCUGCUGACUGUGACUUGGCUUAAAAAGAACAGCAGUAACACAGUUGUUAAUGUAACAGGCUAUAAUGGCUAUGAGAUCCCUGAUCUACAACACAACAUACAGUCGGAUAUGACGUACAGCUGUACAGCAUGUCUGAUCACACCGUUACUAAGCUCAGAGCAAGGAGCCGAAUACAUCUGCAGAGUGGAACAUCCCAGCCUUGAACAAGUAAUAGAGAGACGGUGAGUGUGCUAAGAGUUCCGAUAAAUCAUUGUUUUUGGGGGGGUUAUAAGCCAGUUAAGAAAUAGUCCUGUAUGAAAACCACCAGCAGAGGGCAUUGCUUGUUUUAUACAUAGAGAUGGAAGGAGGCAAGAAUUGGUCACUCUGAAUGAAGUUAGCUCUUAGACACAGCCUGACAUUCAAUUAUUUACUGUAUUUAGAUAAUGCGCUCAGAGUAUGGAUCACAAAGGGAGGAACAUUUUGGAGUGACAAAAUUAAACACAUGCUAAAAUAUGUGACAAGUGAAGCCAUUGUACAGCGCUACGGAAUCUGAAGGCGCUAUAUAAAUAAUAUAAAUAAUAAAAUAAUAAUAAUUAUAACUAAUAUAUGCACCUUUUAAAAACCUUAUUUGCCAGCUGUCCCAAAAUAAAUGAGGACAGGUAAAAGUUCCGAUUUAUAACAAAGAGGCAAACUCCAUUACAGUGAAUCAUAUCAGCUGUGAGACACACUCUGAUAAUACAUUCAUUGUUCACCGGGUUUAGUUCCGGCACUGAGUUCGGAGUCACGAGCAGAACCAUUCAACAAAUCCAUUACAGAGCAGGUGCAGUGUAGAUGGCAAGGGGGUUCCUAAAAAUAAAUAAAUAAAUUAGGCGCCAAUUAGUUGUUUCCCAAAAAUAAUGUAACAGACAGACACAUAUAAGAAUAUUGUUGCCACUAGAUUAGUCUAUAUCCAUUUUUCUAAUGCAUAUACCUGUACAUUAUAACCCAGUACGGCUGGUCUAUAACUGAUUUUUUCCAAUUUGACAAUUUUUAUUUUCCAAAAACGUGGGUAUAUGGGGUACAGAAGAGAGACGGGGGGGGGAAAGUAUGGCAGUACAUCACAUGUUCUCGCAUAUAGUAUACAUCAUAACCUUCGUUACAUGGUAUAUUACAUUCCAAUAAUAUUACAAUAAUUUUUCAAUAACAUGCUAUCCCUAGUGUUAGACUUGGGCUUGUUCCCUUCCAUUGGGUUCAAGACCCGUCCUGUGCUUCGUCACUGCUUGCGUACCCUACGAUUGUGACUAACUGUCAUUAGCUUUUUCUUAUCUCGCAUGGUCUGUACUUCCCAACCUAGUUCAUUCCGGGUUACCCGGCUUCUACUUGUUUGAAUCUCUCCUCUAGUAUCCCAACGUGGAAGGGAUUUGUAAAACUUGUGGGGUGGGGAGAGAAGAGUGUAGGAAGGUGGGGGGGGAAGGAAUUUGGCGAGAUCUGCGUGUCCCUUUUCCUACCGGUUCUGUUCCCUAUAGAGACUUUAUACUCCGCUCAGGACUCUUGGCUCUUGGCCUACCCAAUGUCCUAUGCCUGCCUCCUCUGUCCUCCCUGGGCUCUAUCCCUUGGGCCCUCUCUCUUACCCCCUGGGGUGUAUCUCUUGUCUCACGGGAUCCCCUACGGGGCGACUCCCUGGUUUGGGAUUAUUCGCUGUCUUCCUGUUCUUUGGGGGCGUAUGCGGCUUCCCAUUUAACUUGUGCUUCCUCAAAUUUGGCGCUGUUGCCAUAGUUUUUCCUCGCUACCUUUUCGUAGUGUAGGUUGUUGGAGAUUUGCCUUGUCAGGGCACUUUUAGUCGGUGCCUUUGUGUUUUUCCAUUCCCUAGCUAUUAGUGUCAGGGCCGCUAUCAGUAUGUGGAAAACCAAUAUUGCCCCAGCUCCCUGAAACUGGUCUAAGUUCAUGAAUAGGAGACUCAAUUCCGGGGUCAAUUUUAUGUUGGUGUCUACCAUCUCUUUAGUUAUGUCCUCUACCAUCUCCCAAUAGGGUCUGAUCGUCCCGCACUUCCACCAUAUGUGGAGCAUCGUGCCCUCCGACACCCCACACCUCCAGCACAGCGCUGAUGUUCCCUGGUAUAUCUUCGCCAAUCUGGUAGGCACCAUGUACCAUCUAUAGUACACUUUCCUCAUUAAUUCUAUGUGGGACGUGCACAAUGUCUUCCCCUUAUGCGCUGUUACAGCUGUCUCCCAUUGGGUGUUAUCAAAUUGUUUCCCCAGGUCCAGCUGCCACGCCUCGCUGAAUCUGUCUAGAUGUGUUGGUGUACCUACGUUCAUAAGCGAGUAGCACAUGGAGAUAAUCCCUUUCCUCUGUUUUUUGUCCAUGCACGUUUUCUCCAGCCUCGUGAACUCGCCCCCCCCCUGAUCUGUGAGUCUUUGGGCCCCUAGCAUUGAUUUAAGUUGGAGAUAUGGAAAUAUCAAUUUAGAGGGCAGUUGAAAUUUUUCUUGGAGGACGGGGAAUGGUCUGGGGUUGUGUCCUUCUAGGAGAUCCCGUACAUGUGUGCAUCCUCUCUUGGUCCAUUCUCUGUAAUCAAACGUGUUGUUGGCUAUAUGUAGGCUAGACAGCGGGGUUGCCGGUGACCAUGGUGACAUGGACACUAAUGUCGAUUGUGAUCUAUCCCAAGCCUCCAACAUUGUUUUGGUGGUGGGUAGUAUGUAGGGUUGUGGAGGGCGUAACCUUUUAGGUACCCAUAUUAGUUUCUGGAGGUCUGUUCCUUGUAACCAGUGGUUCUCUAUUUCUAGCCAUUGGGGGUAUGAGGACUGUGUAUGCAUCCCUAUCACUGGGGCCGCCAAUGUCGCUUGACAGUAGGUCUUAAUACUUGGCAACGCUAGACCUCCCUGGGUGAUUGGUCUGUGUAGGAAUUUUGCCGCUACUCUCACUCUCUUUUGUGCCCAUACAAAUUUGGUGAGUAUUGUUUGUAUUUUGUUUAGAUAUGAGGACGGUAGGCCUGUCGGUAUCGUUCUAAAUAGAUAUUGUAGUUUGGGGAGAAGAGACAUUUUAAAUGCAGCCAUCCGUCCCAGCCAAGACAGGUAUUUAUCUUUCCAUGCUGCCAAGCUGGUCUCUAAUUCUUUUUGCAGCGGCUCGUAAUUGGCCUUGAAAAGUCCCCCUAUUGUCUUAGUCAGUUUUAUUCCUAGGAAGGUGACACUGUCUGCUCUCCAGUCCAGCUCAAAUUUCUCUUUCAGCACUCCUAUCACUUCAGUGGGUAUACCAAUUCCCAUUGCCUGGGUUUUUGUUACGUUUAGUUUAUAAUAAGAACUUUUACCAUAUUCUUUUAUUACACUUAGUAAGUGUGGCAUCGAUAUUAGUGGUUGGGUCAGGGUUAGGAGCACAUCGUCCGCGAAUAAGUUGGUUUUGUAUUCCCUGUCGCCUAUGCGCACGCCAUGUAUAGAGUUAUGGUCCCUGAUCUUGGCAGCUAGCGGUUCCAGGGCUAGGACAUAGAGCAGGGGCGACAGAGGGCACCCCUGUCUCGUCCCAUUGGAGAUGCCAAAGGGGUUCGACAGGAAUCCUGCAUUGAGUACUUGAGCUUUCGGCUCGCUGUACAGCGCCUUAACCGCCGAGCGAAAUUCGCCUGGCACCCCAAACUUUUCCAAGACCGCCUCCAGGAAUUUCCAGUGCAGGCGGUCAAAGGCCUUCUCCGCGUCUAGGGAUACCACAAGGCCCCCCUCUUUGUGUGUUCUGGGCAGACUGUGUACUAUAUUUAGGACUUUGCGCGUGUUGUCCGCUCCUUGUCUCCCAAGCACAAAUCCUACCUGGUCUGAAUGGAUUAACUGGGGGAGGAGUGCGCUCAGUCUCGUUGCAUACAGUUUGGCGAAUAUUUUCGCGUCUGUAUUGAGCAGGGAAAUGGGUCUGAAGUUUUGGGGGACAGUGGGCGGUUUCCCUGGUUUUUGUAAGGUGAUAAUAUGGGCUAGUAGUGACUCUGUAGGGAGAGCUUGUGUAGUGGUUGCCUCUGUGAACAUGUGUACUAAUUGGGGUGCUAAUUGGUGUAGAAAGGUUUUGUAGUAGCUGUUGUCUAGGCCAUCUGGGCCUGGGGCUUUGCCAUUAGGUAGGUUUUUGAUUACUUUAUGGAUUUCUGUCUCUGAUAUCGGUUUUAUGAGAUCUUGCGCCUGUUGGGGCGUGAGCCUGGGGAGGUCUAUCGUGGCCAAAUAAGCGUUUAUGUGUUCCUCUGUGGGGUGGAACGCAGAGUCGUUCUUAUUUAUGUUAUAUAGAGAGGCGUAAUAAUUAGCAAAUUCAUUGCAUAUAUCUUUUGGGAUCAUUUUCUUCUCUCCCGUGGGGGACAUGAGAUAGGCAAUUUUUUGGUUUGCUCUUUUUUCUUGUAACCUCCUAGCUAGGAGUCUACUAGCUUUAUUCCCUUGCAUGUAUUGUCGCGACUUCAGUCGUUGAAGCAUGAACCCUGUCUGCUCUAGCGCCUUCUGGUGUAGUUUUGCUGUAAUGGUGGAGAUUUGCAUUUUAAUGGCAUUAGAGGGUGAGUGUUGGUUCUGUGUGUUCAGCUGGUAUAGCUCCCGUCUCCAUUGUGUAAUUUGGGAUGAGGACUGUUUGUGCAGAUAUGAUGCCCUUUUAAUGAAGACCCCUCUAACUACUGCCUUGUGUGCCGCCCAGAUUGUGCCCUUAGACACAUCUGGAGUGGUAUUUUCUGAGAAGUAGUUACAGAUUGUGGCCUCUAUUUCCUUUUUAAAUGUGCUAUCAUACAGUAAGGAGGCAUUCAACCGCCAUGGGCUGCGUUGUUUAUAAUCAUAUUGGUCUUUGACCGUCAGCGUAAUUGGUGCGUGGUCUGACCAAGUGAUUUGGCCUAUUUCGCAGUCAGCCAUUUGGUUAAGGGCCUGUCCGUGGAUUAGGAUCCCAUCGAUCCUUGAAUAUGUGUUGUGGACAUGUGAGAAGUGGGUAUAUGCCCGCUCCGAUGUGUGGGCUAUCCGCCAUGUGUCAAAGUAGUGGUGUAGGGAUAGGAGGUGUUGUAUUUUUUUACAUUGUCUGUGUAGUAUUUUAUAUCUUGGGCUGUGGCGUGGGGUAUUGGAGUCCAACUUUGGGUCCCACACAUGAUUGAAGUCCCCGCAUAUAAUGGACAUUCCCUCUUGAAUUGUGGACAGUUUCUGUAACAGGUGUUGUAGGAACCCGCCCUGAUUUGUGUUAGGUGAAUAAAGAUUCGUGAUGGUGUACAGCAUGUUGUUAAUCGUACAUUUCAAUAUAACAUAUCUCCCAUUUGUGUCUAGCUCUACUGAAAUCAUUGUGAAAGCCACUCUUUUAGAUAUUAGUAUGGAAGUCCCUUUGGACUUUGUAGUGGAAGCCGCAUGGUAUUGGUGUGGGUAAUCGUGCACAGAUGGUGGGAUAUAGUCAUCGGUCCUAUAAUGCGUCUCUUGUAUACAAACAACGUCCGCAUCCGCUUGUUUAAGGUCUCUGUACAAUUGGUGUCUCUUAACCGGUAGGUUUAACCCUCUAACAUUUAACGAGUAUAUUUUCAUGGGGGUCUGUACCCCGUUAGUUUAGUAAGGGACAUACUGAAUUGUAAGCACCUGUGCGGGGAGUUCGCUCGCCCCAGCAGCAUCAAGUCGAGCGAUUUCCCCCUCUUGGAGGGUAAGAUUCGGGCACCCCUCUCUCGCCUAUUCGUGGGUGAUUGGGAGCCCUUGCGGACAUUAUUGGGUACCAGAGUCCCUUGUGCUUGAUGUUUCGUAUAAGCGUCCUGCGGGCAUAUGGGGAAGGUUAUAUAUUGUCCGGUCCCAGCCAGACCGGGGGGAAAUUGGGAACAUAACAGUAACAGGGUAAAUGAACUUAACAAAAAUGUGACGUGUGCCGUAUGUGGCAUAGGUACAAUUUAGUACCUCUGGGGGGUGGAAGUACUACUACUUCCUCUUGGUGGGGUGCUUCCCUGACUUGGCCCACUCCUGUGCCGUCAUGGUAGUCAUGGCGUCUAGGCAGUCUGGUCCCAGGCUACCCUACUGGAGUGAUUUACCACUUGUGAGGUCUUAUAUACGUAAACAGUUAAAACUGUGUGUGUGGUUUUUUUUUGUUUUUUUUUUGUUUUUUUUUUUCCUCAAUUUAUCUAACUGUGUCAUAACCUCAGUAAGUCGCUUAGUUUUAUACGAUACCCUUACGCUCCUCCAUGGUCGUUGCAUCAUGACCUUUCUCACCACAAUCACUUGGUAUAGUAUGCAGUCUAUGAGUCCAAUGACAUAGUCUUUCAGGCUUUUCUCCAGUUCGUGGAGGAACCGCCUGUCCUAUUCGGGCUUCUUCUCUGGCUCUGCUCGGCUAUGCCCCAACGCUGUAGCAAUCGAGAUCCUUCCUCAGGUGUUGUUAUGGCCGAUAUCUUCCCGCCUCUGGACACCAGGAUUUUCACCGGGUAUCCCCACCGGUAAGGGAGCUUGUGGGUCCUGAGCUGUUCCGUGAUGUCCUUGAAGUCCCUCCUUCUUUUUAGUGUAUAUGAUGAUAUGUCCGCGAAGAUCAGCAAUCCCCCAUAAGGUUCGGGGAGUUUCUUCUUCGCCCUGCUCGUUUGGAGUAUCACUUCUUUUACGUGAUAAUAGUGCAUCUUUAUGAGGACAUCUCUCGGGGUGUCUUGUGGCAGGAAGCUGGGUUUAGCUGUUCUAUGGUAUCUGUCCAUCAGCAAUUGAUCUGUUGGUAUAUCAGGUGCUAGUUUUUUCAACAUGGCAGUCAAAUAAGUUGCCAGUUCUGCUUGUCCCACUUCCUCCUUUAUCCCACGUAUUCUUAGAUUGUUUCUGCGGGCUCUGUCUUCCAUAUCAGCAAGCUUUAGUUCAUACAUUUUCAUUUGGCUGCGGAUCUCUUCCACCUCUCCCUCUAUACCUUUAUGUGCUUCACUAGCUCCUCCAUUUUUUUUUCUGUGCCGGUUGUUCUCACUUCCAGCUCUUGGAUAUCUUUAUGCAUGGCCCCUAUUGCUGUUUUAAAGCUGUUUUCCAGCCUGGCAGACAUUUCUUCUAGUAGUGUCCGCAUUACCUGCUGUGUGACAGGGUUUUCGUUCUCAGGGGACUUACUAUGCUGUUCAUCCUGGUCGUCGGCGCCAUCUUGGAUUUCAUCCUGCACCAAGGCCUGCUUCCCCUGCGGCGUCCGGGAGGUGAAAAAAGCGUUUUUUUCGGCCUUUUCUAUUUGCCGUUUCCCCUUAGCCUGAGACAUGCUUGCUUGGGGAUAAAUGUCCCCGGUUUUAUCGUCGGCUGCAGCCGCCUUAUUGCUCCUGUGGGUCCUGUCGGAGCGGAGCGCUCAGUACAUGCGGCCGCUCAGCACCGUCGCCAGGCCACGCCCCGUCUAUAACUGAUUUUGAUAGAGAAAGACGAAGGGAUCUAUAAACCAAGAGAGGGCAUUAUAGCCUCUAACUAACAGCAGCGAGUGAAGUCUGAUCCAAAUCCAACAGGGAAGGAAGUGUUAUCUGUAUUUAGAAAAAUCUGCUGUUGGAUUAUCUUCUUUUUUAAUAAAACGAAAAAUAAUGUUAUAUUAAUGGAAACAGCAGAUAGUGCUCUCAGUAGGAACAAUAAGAAAUAAAAUAAAAUAAUACUCACAAAAAUAGAGCAGGAAAUACUGCUCUAUUAACACAGCACCGGUGGAAUUAUCCCCACCUAUGGAUUGCUUGGCUGUAGUUUAGACCGGCUCUUGUGAGAUGCUUGAUAGUAUGUUCCCCACUGGUGAGUAUGCUGGAGAGGUAGGACCGUCUGUUCGGCUGGAUUCCGUUGGGCUCCACAGAAUGUAUAAAAUAGUGAUAGUGUUCUCAGUUUGAAAAAAUUAGAUAAAUAAAAUAAAAUAAAAUAUACUUACAAAAAUAGAGCAGAUUGAUACUGCUCUAUUGCCACAGCAUAGGUGGAAUUAUCCCCACCUAGGGAUUUCUGAUUAUGGAGUUUGUAAUGGACCUUCCUAUGGUAUUUCAAGAGCUAACCCGCAGGAGCCAUAGGAUGAGGCAAGCCUGGCACUAGUACUCCUGGCACUAUGACCACUUCAGCAUGCCAUAGUAGUUAUGGUGCUUGUGUGUUCCUUUAAAUAUUAGUGUGUGUCUUUUAGAGCUUUAUUAACAGAUACAUUUCUUCAUCCAGGUUCAUUCCACAGGUCACGCAGUAUCCGUUUAUAAAUAUUAAAUAUCCAGAAACAGUUAGAACGUGACACAUUAUCACCUCUGAAGUUUUCUUCUUCUGCCAAUCAAAAACUGAACUGAGAGAUUCACUAAAGAAUGAGAAGCUUCAAGCUUGUGGUAUUUUAGAGAAAUCUGGGAUAUCAUUUUCUACCAGCCACAACCCUGAUCGACGUUGAGGACUGUCGGAUUACUAAUUCACUAUGUUUGUUUGUUUUUUAUUGAGUAUCCAAUGGUUGAAAUAGACUCAUCAUAUUUGUCAGGUCCAUGGCUGCAAUAAAUAGUUCACUAGAGCAGCUAUGUCAUUCCCAGGACAAUGGAGAUCCCCAUGACCCUGCGAAAGCUCUAAUGAAGAUUUAGCUUUUGUUAAACUACAGAUAGAAAUAUUAAUCUAAGUUUGAGAAGUCCUCGUUUGGGACAGAAAGCUGAGAAAUUCUUUUUCCUCAGCUAUCCCAGAGUUCCUGGCUUGAUAUGUCUGCAGAUACCCUUAGCAUUGGACGCUGUACUAAAAGCUGAUUUUUUUAAUUUUUUUUUAAACCAAAGCACUGGUUGUGAUAAAAAACAAACAAAAAAAAAACAGCCAUAGACUUUGGUUUUCGACCUUGUCAUCAACAUGGUGCUGGUGAUAUUCUGGAAGUUGACUUCUUUUUGAGAGCGUAAUUUGCAGUGCCAGAAUGACUCUUAAAUUACAGUGCCAGAACGACUCUUCAUACGUCAAAUAUUACAAUCCCUGAACGACUCAUUGAACAAUUUUUCCAAGUGAAUAAUGGGGUCACUAAGCUCAUGCCAUGUACUGAUGUUACAUCAGUGUAAGAAAAAUAUAUAAAUAUAUAGAUCUCACUAUUUGAAUGGACACCAAAUGGGCUACAUAGAAAUGAACAACAGCAAUAUUUACAAUUAAUCUUCAAAGUAAUCUUGUUGUAUACAUAAUGACAUAAAUAGUUGAAUAGUACUUCAACUUUUUAAACAUAUCUAUGAACUCAGUUUCACUUAUUCACUUUAAUUUUAGAGAAAACACAACAUUUAUUAUUAUUAGUAUUAUUAUUGGCAUUUAAGUAGCGUUGACGUUUUUUCCUAGCAUUUUACAAUAUUAUAAAAAGGGAAAUGUAACAAUAAAUGAGAGGAUAUUUAUUUAUUCAUUUAUUUGUUUGUUUCCUAUUUAUGGUUGUUUAUGUCACUGUUACAAUUUAUCUUUUAUUGUUACAUUAUUAAUAAAUUGUUUAAUUGUUACAAUUUUUUUAAACAUUUAAAAAAUAUAAAUAAAAGUAUUUUAAAAGAAACUGGCUAGUAUUUCUAUUAGUAUUUUAUUUUUAUGCUGAAAUAAAUUUGCUUUGAACAAGAACGAAGUGCAUUGAAGCAGUCCUGAAAUGGCACCUCGGAACACUGGAGGAGGGAGUCCUCGGCCCCCUGACACCAUCAGAGAAGGCUACCUAAUAUGCUUGCUGACUCCUACACCUUGUGAGUGCAUUUAGAAGCUUAGGUGGUUUAUCUACUAAAUUAUGUUUUUUCCUGAAUAUCUAGAGCCAUAUUUCCAUACUUGUGUUGUAUAUAAUAUUUCUACUAGACAACAUUGUGUCUAAUAUAUGAAGUUGCUAAUUUUCCAUUAUUUCUCUGUCUCAAGUGUAAGCCCAAAGGGGCCAAACAGGUCACAGCCCAAGGCUGGUCCACUCCUAUUGUACUCAUAAUUGUUUAUCAGAUUUCCAUAUCUACUUAGGAACAUAGUUGGCACUGCAUGUUUCUAUUGGAUUCAAUAUACAGCUGCUGCAACAAUCGGUAGUGGAUAUUUUAAUAUUUUAUUGUACAUUCCUAAUAAAGGUAUUUUGGCUACCAUUAACACACUUGGAUUGUGCCAUUUUACUGUUUUAUUCUAUUUUAUUUUUUUUAACUAUUGCUGCUUGGUAUCCUGAUUGUAUUUCUUCCUGCUGAGUAUUACUCAAAGAAAUCCUAUGUGGGGAUUAUACCACUUACGCCUGAGUCAUUGAGCAGUCCGUCUGCUCAAUCAUAUGUGAGUACACAUUUUAUUACUUAUACUCAUUAGAUAUUAUUUUAAACAGCGAGCACUAUCAGUUGUUUCUCUUCUCUCCUACAUUCUACAUAUCGUACGAUACUUACCACUCUACACAUAGCGGGGAUUAUUACGUUGUACGCCAUCCACACUAGAGCUGGUUCAAGCUCUACUGUACGCAAGUAGGACUAUUUUAGACCCUGCUGUUGUACAACUCAUCCAUCUAUACUAGACAUAUUGCACUAUCAUCUGUCUUUUUUCUUCCACAUACGGAACAAAAGACCAAUACCUCCCUACGUAUCCUAUAAGCAGGGAUUGUACCGCUGUAUGCCAUCCACACUGGAGCUAGUUUAGCUCUACUACACGUGAGUAGGAUUACCAUAGACCCUUUCUUCCUGCUAUCCACUUUUAAUACCAGACGUAUUGCACUAUUAUCGUCUCCUCUCUUUACAUACGGAUCCUGGGAAGCUGCCUCAAUGUAAUCCACACAGAGAAUAUUCCUUUACAUAGGCCGUUGGCGUCCCAUCAGGCUUUACUUAAGACUUUGUAAAGGUUUUUUUCUUCUCAAGAUUUUUUUUUUUUUAAUUCUUUAUUUAUAGCGUGCAAAGAAAGACAUAGUGUUCAGUAAGCCACAACAGCUUCUGCGCUCAGAUUGAUAACAAGACAUAUAAAACAGGGUUAUGGCAUUUGUAUAUAUCGCACAUUUUAAGUUUUUAUGGUAUGCUAAGAGUUCAGGCUGACUGGUAUAUGUCUGGAGCUACUGUGAAGGGAGAGUGGCUGACCUUUGCAUAAACAUAGGCCUGUGGCUAAGCAUUGUAAGGUAGUACGGUGAGUAACGUAUGAGGAGAUGCAUAGAGCGGUCAGCCACUCUAGACAUGCUGGGUUGUUAUGCUGAACAAUGCUUCAAUUGUGCCACUGGGUACUGUCUUCUCAAGAUUUAUUACUAUAUUCUGGACUCUGUUCAUAAGUAGCUGCACUACAGUGAGCUUUGGCGCAACCUUCAUUUAUUUUGUCUUUUGAACAAUCAGUUUGCCUAACCAAAGAAUUUCUGCACAAAGUGUCAGAAACCAUCUCAGGGAAGCUUAUCUGCAUGCUCCUCAUCCUCAGAUGCUGGAUAUGGAGGUCCUUGGCUGGUGUGGGUACACGUGGUACUUACCUUAUCUGGGAGCCGGCCGGGGUCCUCAGCUCGAGCCGCAGUCCUGCUUCCACACAUGCUACGCGCGGCUCAAUCUUCUCUUCUGUACGGGCCACGUGCACUGACUGCAAUGAGCGGUCACGCGCCCAGCCUGGCACUAGGAGUGUGGCUCGCGUCACGAGCGUGCUCUUAAAGGUGCAGUGGGAGCCACAAUUAGAUUCAGGCUCCCAUUGGCCCACGUCAUUUCGACGCCCCCACAAAGCCACGUGUUAGUUAAGGAUAUUUAAGGAUAUAGUUAAGAAUCAAAUGUUAGUUAAGGAUAUUUCAACUUUCCAAGCCCUAUCCACUUUGCCCUAUCGUUGUUUCUGUUUCAGUACCCUUUAAUGCGUUCUUUGAUCUGUUGUGUUUAUUCUGAUAUUGACCAUGGCUUUGUAUCUGACUCCGAAUUAUCUAUAACCCUUUCCUGUCUUGUUUGCCCGUCUGACUGAUCACCGUGUUCCUGACUCUGUCGAGUUCUUGUUUUUGCUGUCUCUCUGUUACUUUGACUUUGGCUUGUCUCUGAUUACGUUUUUUUCUCUGUCUAACGUUUAGUCUGGCCAUUCUAAGGCAGGGUAAUACGUUAUAGCCUAGUCUUUUCCCUGGCUAUCCUAAAAACUGCGUGUUGGGGUAUUACAACGUGACACUAUGGCUGCAGUGUGACAGUGGUAUAGCAUGGACAAUGCAUAGGUAAGGUGGCGACAUAUAUAAUAAAAAUAAUAUACAAUACACUUGGCAACACAUAUAAAGAACAUAAAAGACAAUAUCUGUAAAAGUAUUAUAGAAUAUGUGGAACAAAUUUCUACGACACUAUAUUCUUAUCUGAACUUUAUUAUUUUAUAGAUCAUUUAUUGCCCAACCAAAAUGUUCAUGUUUGGUUCCAAAAACCCCCUCACACCUGCACUUCUGUAUACACGACUGCCAGACUAUGUAACCAUACACUGCAAUUGUGUAAAAAAACAAUUAGCACAAUUGCAAACUAAAUUAGUUUAUUGCAAAUGAUGCCAUAACUACAGUCAGAGAGCUCACAACACAGCGACACAGGGAGCUGCGACACUGCAAGUCUCUGAACGAUAAAUACGAGACUAGCUCUCUGUAUCCAGUACUGCAAGCCCACCAUUCUAUAUUACUACAGCUCCUUAGACAGACAAUGCAACCCCUAUUUAUUUAUUUUUAUUUAUUUUUUUAUUUCACAAUUCAGUAUAUUUGUGUAAUAACAUUGGUGAAUGACUCCCAUCACAUGUUGACUGAUUUACCUCUUGUCUUUGAUAAUAUCCUGUUUGUCAACUACUAGUUGUCAAAUAUCCCUUUUAUAAUUGUAAAGUGCUGAGGAAUGUUGCCACUGAAUAAUAAUUACACAUAUAAUUCAACUACCAAAUUACAGAAGGGGAGCACUUGGACUGAGGAUAAAAUGCAGAAUCAUUAAAACAAAUUUUAAACAAUGUAAAUCAGUCAGUGAAAUGGGGUGGUCGUGGCUUAUGUCACAGUGAUAGUAUCAGUAUGGGAGUUAUGGAGUACUGUCAAGGGAUUUGGAAAUUGUAGGAAAAACAACUGGAAAAAUAACACAAUUUAUGAAUUUUUAAGAACUUAAUUUAUUCUCAAAUGUGUUAUGUUUUGUGAAUAAACCUCAUAACUAAAACAGCGGAGUACUGAAAGACAAAAAUACAUUCUCCCCUGAUUAAUUUUCCAUGUGUUGACAGCCCAGUUCAAAGCAAUGGCUGAUGUGAACUAGGACCAUCAACUCUUGGGACGGGAGUACAUACUUAUUUCCAUAAAUGAGUUCCAUGCUCACUGUAAUUUUAUUUCUUUGCUAACCAUGGCAUCAUCAGCUAUUCGGAAGCUCCCUCAAUCACAAAAGAAAAGACAAGAAGACCUGUAAAAAUACUUUGAAUAGCACUGCCCACUCACUGUCAGUAUGUGUGAUAUAGGCUCAUUAGGGUGGGAAUGUAAUUCUGCAGGCCUCCAAACAGCCUGGGUUCUGACCCGCCAUCCCAACUUGGUUCUCUGGUGUCCCACUUUUGAGGAACUGUCCCCAACAAUCAUAGUGUAAGCACAUCAUAAAUUGCGCUUGUGCUAAGUAAAGGGCACUGAAAUAGUGCUCUCUGUGGGGUCUGUACUCAGUGGGGGGCUUGCUAACAUGAGUGGUUGGCAGCCUGUACUCACACCAGGCUGACCUGGAAUUAAUGUGGCUCUUCUCAAUUUUUGGGCAGAGCUAGUGGCGAAAUCACAUCACUGUCCCGUCCCCUUUCCGCUGGCGUCCCGAUUCCGGGACUGACAAAGUUGGGAGAUAUGAUGGCACCGUGAUUACAAAUUACUAAAUCACUGAAAAUAUGAACAAUUUUCUGUUAUACUGCUCACAUCUUGGCUGCAUUCAUUAAUAGGCACUGCACAAGCUAUACACUCAUCAGCCAAACCACUGACAGGUGAAGCAAAUAACUGAUUAUAUAGUUUCAAUGGAACCUGCCAAGUGGUGGGAUAUAUAUGAGGCAGCAAGCUAAGUUCUUGACUUUCAUGUGUUGGAAUCAUGAAACAUGGGCAACCAAAAAGAUCUGAGUGACUUUGACAAAGGUCAAAUAGUGAUGGCUAGACAACUAGGUCAGAUUAUCUGGAGAGAAAAGGAUACGUGUCUGUUGAUUAAGAUAGAAAUGCAUCGUGAUUUAUGCUGGACAGAGGCAUGGGACUUGUGGGGAUAGUCAUUUGUUCAAAAAUGUGUUUCCUACAGGCAUAUGAAUUUCUUUCAACGGGGGUAUUCACCCCCCUGACAUUGUGUCAGUAUAUUUCAUGUAGAGGGGGUAAUUGAAUAGGUUCUUGUAAGACUUUGUGACAAAAUGCCUUUUGCCACUGGAUUUUUAUAUGACCAACUGCCCUUUGCCCCUGGCUGUUGGAGGAGCCUGAUUGUCAGCCUCCUUCCUCAUGACUAUGGCCCUGGGGUGUAUUGCCAUUUAAAAAGACUAUUUGGGGCUUUUUGGCUUCUAAAAGACUGUUUCUGCCCAUUUGAGUCCAUGGGAAGAUGUGUCUCUUCCCCUCCCCGUUUCCUGUUUAUUGUUCUCCAGCAGGGCGUUGUCCCAGGUACACUGCCAGACCAGUUGAAACUUGCUGUUUUGCCCACCCUCGGUCUAUCACGUUAGAUUCCCAUAGUUCAUGAUGUUUUUUGUUGAAAAGUUGUGGAACCCUAGAGGGGAAAUAGAGAGAGGGAUUGACCAAUGGAACUGAAAACAAAAAUAUUCAAAAGCUUUUAGAGUCCAUUUACAAAAUCAAUAUGUACUUUUUUUAUAGGUGCAACUGGGGUGUUGGAAAAGUUGAGGGGAAGUUGGAGAAAACAAUAGGUCGCCAGGUUGGAAGAGGCCAAUUGCCCCAUGGAACUAUCAUGAAGAGUGUUUGGCCACAACUUCACAGGGCAAGCUGUAUAUCUGGGUGAACAGGUAUGAUGUUAGGGUCAGUAAGUUUAGGUACCAUAAAUAAAUCUACACUGGAAGGUCUCCUAUGAUUGUAUUUACUAAUUGGUUCUAGCCACAAGUUUCUGGGAAAGAUAUGGGUUAUCCAAAGCCUGCCUCUGAGAUUCUACUUGCUAUAUCUAUUUGAAAUAUAAUUUGCCAAUUACUCAUUUAUCUUAAUUAUUGCUAUUGGAACCAACUAACUACAACCACUUCACAUACCAGGAAAUUCAUUACCAAGUUAUUUCUUUAUACUAAGAGACUGCUACUUUGUACUACAGGAGUCACCUGCUUGGAAACCUUAUUGGAGUCAUAUGGACUAUACUACUUACUGCUAAUUAAGCAUUCCUCAUUGAAAUCUUGGACUAUAUUGUUGCCGCUGAUUAAGCAUUUCCUUAUUUUUAUAAUUGCUAUAUUCUUGUGUUGCAAUUCUGAAACAAGAUUCCAAGUGUGGCGAACGUGACCUCACCACGGGCUCUUGGAGGAGCCUGCUUGCCAGCCUCCUGCCCACAGACUACUCCCAGCAUACUGCUAUAAUCACUGCUAUACUCUCUUGGAGGAGAGGUCUACCCACUGGGAGCUGGAUCCAGGUGUUGGUCCAGGGUGGGAAGGGAUGGCAAGACCCCAGCCAAGCUGCGGCAGCUAAGGGGGGCUACAGUGCUCAUGGUGUCCGGUGUGGUGCUUAUGGUACUCGGCGACUACAAGGAAGCAUGAUUGGUGGAGGUACCUAGUUGGUGUGCCAAGCGGUCCGCAACACCAAACAUUCAUUCAUUAUUUCAAAACCUAUUUCCUGCAAAAGUCUGCCAAAGUUUAUUUCCUUUAUUUCCAUAAAUUAUAUUUUCUUAAAGUGACUGUAUCAAAUUUAUUAUUUUAUCUGCAGUUGCGUUCCAAAUUUUCUCCCAAGAGCAUUACAGGUAGGUAUGGUAUUAACUUUUUUUAAUUAUUUAUAUGGGCAUGAACCCUUUAACUUGCAAGUGCAGCAAUUUGUCAACCAGGCGAACUGCCCCCACAGGGAGCAAAAUAUAUAAACAAUCAUUAUUCACCUUCAGGGGUAGUAGCUAUUUCUCAAGGUAGAUCCCAGUUACCAUGUGUUCAAUGACAUUUAAUGUACAGUCUGCAUUUUACAUUGAGAAAAGUUGAGAUAGUAAGUUGUUCAUUGACAGCCAAAUGCCUUACUAGACAGUGAUCUAAUUUGAUUUAAGACUUCAAAACACUUAAACCACUUUAACGAAGACAGUAAACAAUUGGAUUUUGUUGAUUCUGCCAAGCUAUAAAAUCUAGUAUGUGCUAAUUCAAACUUUAUCUCAUGGUGAAUAAGAAGACUCAAAGUCCAGAUGACAACACUUCUUGUCAGAGAAAUUAGAAUAAGGAUUCGUAUUGCAUGGUCUGACAGAAAUUCCCACACUAUUAGCGUGCUAUCUACUAAAAAACUGAAAGACCAAAAUUCGUGCCAAAAUAAAGGAGGACUUUUAUGAUUUGUUUGUCUGGAAUUUUUCUUUGUACUGUGCAAUGGCAGCAGGUACAAUUACACUGAAAAUUUCCCUGUGAGAUGGCCUUGAAUCAUGCUUGUAGGGCCAUUGUGCAACCCCCUUCACCCACCGAUCGACCAUUCGGGUCUGAGUGAAAACCACACGAACCUGUACAUUUUAAUGCAUUUUUUUAAUGCAUUUCUUGAACCAUCUGAAGGAUAUUCCACUGGACAAAUGAUUUGGUAAUUUUGCCACGAGAUAUCAGCAGAUUCGUGUUCAGAUAAAGAAGUGGUUUAAUUCAGGUUUCGUUCCUCCUAUCCUACAUUGAACUCUACAGCGGAUGGGAUUGAAUGAAAAGUCACCUGCAGAGACUGGACCAUGUUAACUCAUGUGGAUGUUAACAAAAACGCCAGCAAAUGUUUAUAGGUCAUUAUUCUGACUUAUUACUGCACUAAGUCAAUGGAAUUCAAGUCAUUUACUUUAAGAAACCAGUUCCUGUAUUUUUUUCUAUUAUUACAAUGUAUCUGUACGAUUGCAAAAUAACACUCCCUGGCUUUGUACGUUUUGUUUGUUCGGUGUGUCAUGUGGUAAUAAUUGCAACUUCCUGUUAUGUAUUGCUAUAUAUUUAGACGAGAGUAAAGCACUUAAUACCCAUUGCACAAAAAUCAAGGCAACUUGCACUACAAGUGGUAAGUACAUUUUAAAUUUAUUUUACAACAAGCAAAUAUUGUUGAAAUGUAGUUAUUUCAACCUAGCGACUAGCGAGCGCGUCACAUUUGAUACCAUCUGGUGAGUUUUAGAAGCAGUAAUUUUUACAAAACACAGAAUUUCAACUGGAUUCACUCAAAUCCAUUUGAAGGCAAUUCCAAAAAUAAAUUAAUUUGCGUUUUGCUUGCAAACCUGUAGAAAUACUCAAUAUUUGAUCAAUGGCAGCGGAAGCAACCAGCAAUUGAAGGGUUUUCAUUUUAAACAAAAAUUCUUAAUGCGUGAUUAAUUUUGCUCUUAAAUAAUUUGCGGUUUACUUUGCCUGUGUGAAUCUUCCAGGAGUAUACGGUAUGCGCUGUCAUUGACCCAAAAUUGUCACUAAGAUCCAUCUUCUAUUUCUGAAAAGAUAUUUAGCUUUAUAAAUAUAUUUUUUAUUUUUGACAUAUUUCAUUCCUAAAUUGAGUUGACUAUUUUUCAGAUUGUAUUCUCCAUCAACACGCUGUUAAUGACAGAUUUUUUUAAAUUAUCAGGUAUUAGAAUCACCGCUAGAUGCACUUUAAUUUGAAUCAACCGACUCAAAUUGGUUGAUUCAAAUUAACAUACAUCUGGCGUAGGGGAUGUCCAAAAGGUAGAUCUUUAGAGAGUUAGAAUUUUAAAGCAUCAUGGAGGCUGUAGUAUUAAAACAUUUGGGGCAACCCCAAUUUAGCGUGAGCAGUUCUGUCGAAUCUUAUGUGUAUUUCCAUAAUUUCACUUAACUGGAAAUUUUACAUGUACAUGUAACAAUUCUGACCAAUAACAACCCGAAUGUCCAGCCCCCGAUCUCAUGGUGCUAGUUGUGAGUGAUAACGUAUAAGUUUUAGAAUUUCUCUAAUUCACAGGUGAUAAUAGCAGUGAGUAGUUUUUAUACAGGGGCCCCGGAACCAUGAAUAUAUCUGGCCCAAUUCACCAUAUUCUCCUGAAAACAGAGUGGGUUUGUUCACAGUGAGUUGACAACUGACUUGUAAAAGUCCUCAGAUGUCCCAUAAUCUCAGGUCAGCAGAGAAAGCCAUGGCUGGGUUAGCAGUCCAAAAACCAUACCAAGGACACCAGAUCUAACCCCUGGACCUUCUCUCUAGACUUAGUAUACUUAGUAUACUCAUACCUUAUUUUGAAAUCACUCACAAUCACAAACUUAGGGAGCCAUAUGUGGAAUUGCGCGGAAUAAACAGGUAAAAUGCAUAAAAUGAAAAUAAACGGUGGAAUCUCUAGAAUGUAAUGUAAUCACUAAGAUGCACGGAACCCAGGACUGUAUUCACCAUACACUGAGUUGUGAGGAGCUAACAACCAACUGACAAUAUUUUGACUAAAAUAGUUUAGUCUCCCAUGAAUAAAAUAUUUCAUUUUACUAUCUCAAGUCUUCACACAAAAACUGCUUUAUACAAAGUUACUUACGUGCUGUCCCAAAUCCCUCUGCACAUUUUAAUAACUGGAGGGUUUUAGAAUCACUGGUUAUUUAAGUGUAAGCUUCCCUGCCACGUCAAGGCAAAACCUCUUAUGUGAGUCCUAAAUAAACAAUGCACCUUGCUGUCUUCAGCAAAAUCUCUAAUGGGACAGAAAGGAGUAUUUUUCUAAACCCCUACUCACUUAUUAACUAUUAAUACGGAACACCGAAGUGGCAGUCGCACUGUGGGUGGCAUAGGAAUUUCAGGUAGUGUGCAAGUAAAUAUUUUCUUUCUUUUUGAUUGUUUGUCUUGGGGCUGAUGUGUGUCAUUGCUGCCGUCUGAGAGUAGUGGGAGUUUGAACAUAUCGCUUAAUUUUGUAUAUUCUUUUGUUUUACAUGUUACAGUGCCACCCCUCACCCAUGCAUUCCCUAUUAAGGGUUAAUAAGUGCGUAUGGGUUUGGAGAAAUAUCCCUCUGUCACAUUAUGUUUACCUUUUGUCUGAAAUAAACAAGAUGAAUUCUUAGUGUAGGACUCACCUGAGAUGUUUGCCUUGACGUGGCAGGUGGGCUCAUACUUAGUGGCCAUUGGAGUGAUGCUAAAAAAAACCUCCACUUAUUUAAAUGUGCAUAGGGUUUCUGGAUAGUGUGCAGGUAACUUUUUUUCUUUGUUUUUUUUUAUUGUAUAUAUUGGAUGUUAUUGUAUAUAUUGGGGCUGAUGUGCAUUAUAGUCAUGGCUGCCGCCCAGGAGUAGUGGGAGUUUGAGCUUAGGGCUGAAUUUUGCAUGUUUCAAAAUAAAACGACUCCUCGUGCUCAAAGUAAUUUGUUGCCAAAUGUGUCCAGUUUUCCAAGUGUGUCACUAAGGCAAUUUACAUUUCAGCAAUAGGAUAAUCUUGUAUUACACAACCUGACCUGAGUAGAUCCUGUAUUACACAAUCUAACAUGAGUAAAUCUUGUAUUACAGAAACUAACCUGCGUAUAUAUCCUGUAUUACACAUCUCAGCCCACUCAGGAACGUUUUAGGGUUUUUUUUGCGCUGUGAGCAUGUAUAGUAUUCUCUUUAGAUCAAAGUAUUUGAUAAUACAGACACUGAUAAGCUAAUGAUGUCUCUCUUCUGUUUAGGCACCAUGAGUAGAAUUUUGGGACUUUGUACAAUUGCCUCUCUCAGCAUUCUUUUACUUACGCUAUGUCCCACUGGUAAGUAUGCAUGCAUGUCAUUGUCUGGAACCCCUAAUUUAGAAAGCACUAUUUGUGUCCCAUUACCUUUAGUCUGAUUAAUAUGACAAAGAUGCUACAAUCAAAAUAAGCCAUUGAAAUUGGCAUGGAGAGAGUUAUGGGUACCAGGCCAAAUAUUGGUUUUAACGUCUUGUAUUUGUCAUGAAAGGAAAGGCAUGGCUAAAAGACACCAGUACAUCACGAUAAGCCUUUGCAUAUAGGUAGUGACUUGUAUAUCUCGCACAACAGUUCAUUGUUAAGAAAACAAAUGCAGCUAUAAAACAACAAAAUAAAUAAACAUGCUCUUGCACACACAGCACGUCAGAAAAAAAGAAUGUCCUGUUGUGAUCUCAUUUAUAAAUUUUUGUCGAAAAUAACCCUUUAAAAAUUGUCCUAAUCUGAUAUAUCUCUAGCCAAAAAUUUGCAAUCACCUUGUAAGUCCUAAACUGUUUCCUAUUAAAUAAGUAAACUCCAUUAACAUCUGAGUGACAGUGUGCUUUGCGCAAUCCUGUUUAAAACCUAAUUUAAAGGGACACUAUAAGCAUUCAGACCACUUCAGCUCAUUGGAGUGGUCUGGGUGCAACGUCCGUGUCCCCUUUAGUCCUGCAAUGUAAAUCAUUGCGGUUUUAUAGAAACUGCACUAAUUACAUUGCAGGACUAAGUCUGCCUCUAGUGGUUGUCAAUCAGACACCCAUUAUAGAGAUUUCCUGGUAGCUUGGCUACUUUUAGUCACCGUAGCGCAUGCGCAUUUGGACCCCCUCGCCCCUAGAGUGAUGGAGGAGGUGGAUCGCCGACCCAGCGCCAAGGGAGAUCCGCGCUGGAAUCAAGUGAGAACAGAAAGGGUUUUUUAACCUUUUUAAUGUCAAGGGAGGGUGAGGGGGAGUUGGAGCAUAAGGGAGAGGGGGGCAAGAGGGAGCUGUAGCGUAAGGAUACAGAUUUGUAAAUCCUUUCACUGUAGAAUCCCUUUAAUGAUUUAUGUUCUGAAGCUAACAGAGGGACAGUGAGCUUCUUUCUGAUCAUUGCUGGGGUUUAACAUAAUUUUGUUUUUACCUAGGUUUGGCGUUGAACUGUUUGGAAUGCCCGUGGUUUAGCAAUGUAGAGUGUGGGAACAAGACAACAUGCCCUGCAUCAAAGGAUGCUUGUAUACGAAUUACAACAGGUAUGUAGAUUGACUGGACCCAAGCACAUAAAAUGUAACCUGAAUAAAUCACUUGUGUGGACAUGUCUGAUGUAUUGUCUAUAUAUAACAGUCUCUGUGGAUUUAGAAUACCUACCAAGUGUCCCUAUUUCGGGCCCAAAGCCCUCUGUCCCUCUUUUCUAUAUUCACAUUAAUGGGUCUUUAAACAGCAAUACACGUCUUUAGAAAUCAGUCUGUAAAUAGGAUACAUUGUUCUUGUUCUAAAUUGCAUUUAAGUUGCAUGAAUUGUUAUCCAUAAGUCAACUAAAAUUUCUUAGAACAACCCCACCCCUGGCCUCACCCUCACUUUUUCUUGAUAAGGACAGAGGCAGUUCUGUUCAACCACAAUUUACCUCUUUCAUAUUAAGUCCACACACACUUGUUAUUUAUCAUUUUGCUCAGGAGAGACAGGAAUUCCAUUUCACAUCAAAUAUUUGUAUAUAAAACAUAAUUUAACACAAAUUAAAUCUAAAAUAAAAGUGUGAAAAAUGAAGAAAUGUUAUUUUCUUAGUUCCACAUUGUGUAUUUUAACUGUAAAUAUCAUAAUAAUGUUACCUUUCACUGCAAUAAAACUCCUAUAUUUGUAUUCCAAAAUGUUAUGGGAUUUUGGAAACGUACAGGGGUCAAAUAUAGGGCUUUCCCCCUUUUCUGUUUUGACACAUUGAACUUUGCCAGAUUGGUUUGCUGGGCCUAUGUUGACUUUGAGACCGCAUGGCAGCCCAGAAAUUAGAAUUACCACUAUCAUGGCAUUCCAUUUGCAAAAGUAUACAACCCAAGGCAGAUCAGCCAACUGCUGAUCCGAUCACCCAGAAGGGCUGAAUUUGCUGCAGGCGAUAAGGAAGGAGUGCCAACGGGGAUGGCAAUCCGGUGGGCGCGCUAUGGCUCCCUGCGACAUUAAAGCCCACCUUUUUCAGGAUGGCCUAGCACGCCCACCGUACUUAAAGGGAUUAAAGUGUCCAUCUUUGUCCAUUUAAAAAUGUUGGCUGUAUAAAUAAAUAUAUCUAUCUGUAUCGCUAUAUAAACAUGACGGUCCAUGUUAUUUCCGAAUAGGUCUCUCUCUCUAUUAUAUUAUCCUUUUCUAUCUGUAUCUUUCUCUCUCUUUUCUUUCUUAUCUUAUGGUAAUUCUUUUCAUUUGUUUUUUUUUUAGCUAGUGGGUCCUAUUACAACUGCUGGGAUUUUACCAAAUGUGACUCACAAGGUUUAGCUGAAUAUUUUAAGCUGACCAACUUCAAUUCCACUUGCUGCUCUAAUAACCUGUGUAACAGUGGUAGAACCAGCCUUCCGGUCAUCUCUGUGGUCCUCAGUCUAGUUGCAGUCGUUUUCAUGAUCUGUCGCUGAUGAUGCUCCUAGCGUCUCUCCCUGUUCAAGAACAACCUGCAGUUCAUAAACUAAUCUGCAUCUCCUAGUCCCGCUGGGAUGUCGUGAUCAGUGAUUUUCAGCAAAAUGAAAUAUAAAUACCUUUAAAUGUGAAUAAAAUAUUUCCCACAGCAUAAUUAGGCUUUUGGAUGUAUUGUAAAUCUCCUCCUAUGACACUGAUAUCUCCUUUUGUUGUCUUUCCCUCUGAAAUAAUACAACUUUAUUUUGUGUUGAAUAAAAUUACAUUGAUACUGCC